UCGCCUCCCUCCUCCGCUCGUCCCUCUCCCCUCCGCUUCACCAACCCGCAAAAUUCCCGAGGAGGAGCACCAAAACCAUUAAUAAACCCUCUCCCUCUCCCUCUCCUCCUCCGCCCCUCCGAUCCGCCAUCACAAAAGCCCCCUUCCUCCCUCGCUCCUCAUCAUCAUUCGCGCCAACAACGAUCUUCGACCCUCCUCAGCUGCUGCGACUGCGGGUGAGUGAGAGUAGGAGGAGGAGGAGGAGGAGAGCUCGUCGUCUCCGCGGCCGCGGCUGGUGCUCCUGGUUGAUAUAUGUCGCCUGCUCUGCUGCUGCUCCAUGGUUCUGAGCUCCUCUCGCCGCCACCGGUUUCUUCUCGCUCUCUUCUCCUCCGAGCCGCGCAGAGGGGCGCGACGACACACGACAACAACCCCUUCAGGAGAUCCAGAUUUGGAUUUGGGGUGAAAUACUGUGGGUUUCUCCAUUUAGACUGGUGCUCUGUUCGGACCAGCAGGUGAUAUAGUAAUAGUAAUUGAAGAAAGCCCCAACUUAAACUUGGUUGGUUUGGGUGCAUUAAAUACAAAAGAAUCCCUCCUCCAUUCUUUAAGAUCACAAAAAAUCGGCCUGGUUUGUGAUUCCUCUCGGACAUCUUUGUGCAAACAAGAGUGCUCUUUCGCUCCAGUUUAAAGACUUGGUUUCUGAUUUUUUUUCGAGAUUCUGCUAUUAAGUUGAUAUAGCAGACAACAAAUCUUUGUCCUGAUUCGUCUAACUUUUCAGCUGACUGCAAUCCAGUUACAUCUGGAUCUUACUUUUAAUCUGGUGCUUGUUACGCGUUGAGAUGAUGGUGCCCUCUUCGCAGAAGAUCCGUAUUUUCUGCUCUGAUCCUGAUGCCACUGACUCCUCUGAUGAUGAUGACCAGAGUGCCAAUAAGGAUAGAAAGGACAAGAUAAUGAUAAGGGAAAUACUAUUUUCCAUGGACAACUCUAAGGAAUCCAAAACUGUUGUGAAGACCCUUGUUCAACGUGACACAGAGACUUUCAAGGGUACCGAAAAGGAGCCAACGAGCAAAUACAGGGGUGUGCGCCGGAGGGCCUGGGGCAAAUGGGCAGCAGAAAUACGUGAUCCUGUGAGGAAGUCCAGGAAAUGGAUUGGGACAUUUAACAGCGAGGAAGAAGCCGCUGCGGCAUAUCUCGCACAAUCAAACCAGUUCCAUGCAGAAAUGAUGGCCUUGAAAGGCCAAUCAUCUGUAUCAGAACGUGAAGAUCUAUCCAGCUCUGUUACUAUAUCCUGUGUGUCCUCAUCUCAGUCAUGUGAGCAGAAGAUUCAGGCACAGCCACAGGCACACAAGAGACAAGCACACAAGAAGUUGUCUCACUCAUGUGAGCAGAAGAUUCAGGCACAGCCACAAGCAAACAAAAGAGUGUUGGCGGGAAUUAACCUUGAAACCGUUGAGCAGAAGGUUCAAGCACAGCCACAAGCAAACAAAAGAGCGUCAGCGGGAAUUAACCUUGAAACCGUUGAGCAGAAGAUUCAGGCACAGCCACAAACACACAAGAGAUUGUUGGUGGAGAUUAACCAUGAGACUGUGGAUGAAAACUUACCGAACGUAUCGUCCACGCAUAAAUGCAAAGAGAUCUCAGUGGAUGCUUCUCUAGGCCAGAUAGAUGAGGUUCCCACAAGCAAUUUUGUUAGCCAUGCCAAUGAAUUUCGACAGAUAGAUGUGUUCCCAGUUAGUGAUUUUGUCGGCAUGACAGAUGAGCCACCGGGUGAUGACUACAUUGGCCUUGCAGACAUCAGCCAUCUGCCGCUGCCUACUCAAGAUCCUAAAUUUGACCUUGAUGCAGAACUCAACUGGGAUGGAUUUGACUUUGCUUCAUUGGAACAACUACUCAACGUUCUUUGACGCCUUGAAUCAUGGGAUCUGUGGAAAAAUCCUCUUUGACGCCUUGAAUCAUGUAAUCUGUGGAAAAAUCCUUGUUGAUUGCAGGAAGUUGAUUCAGGUUUCCAUGCUUCACAUUGCUGGCAGGGUGAGUGUAUGAUCUGGAGAUUUUCAUCUCCAAUUUUGUCGGAAUAUUGUACAGUCCCCCUACAGUAAUUUAUUUGCUGAAGGCAGAUAAGUGCCUAGUAUAUGUAUAUGUUCACCCAUCUCAAAUACGAUAAUGAGACGGUGGUGAAGAAACCAAGGAUUUGUGUAUUUGUUUCCAUUAUAAUAUUUAUUAGUUUCGAUAUUUUCAAUCUUGUGGUUACUGUUAAAAUUCAGUUAUUGUAAGUAACUUUGCUAAUUAUAGGCAAUGAACAUUUGCUAACUAUAGGCAAUGAACAUUGGAUAAGAGAUACUAAGAAUAGACCAAUUCGCUGUUGAACUAAAACUAUCAUUUUUAUUAUUUUUCCUUUGUU